GUCCUCUUUUAUUGUUCACAUGCAAUUUCCCAUCAUCACCACCGCUAGCUUCAAUAUUCCUUCAACUGCUCCUCUUCUUCCAUGGCUGCCCUGAGCAUCAUCAUCGGCAUUAUUGGCAACAUAAUUUCAAUACUGGUUUUUGCUUCUCCCAUAAAAACGUUUUUGCAGGUGGUGAAGAAGAAAUCCACUGAGAAUUACAAAAGCGUUCCAUAUAUAACAACACUACUCAGCACAAGUUUAUGGACGUUUUAUGGACUUCUGAAGCCCGGCGGUUUACUUGUCUGGACGGUGAACGGCGCCGGUGUCGUCUUUCAAUUCAUAUAUGUCACUCUUUUUCUCAUUUAUGCUCCCACGGAUAAGAAGGUGAAGACGGCGAAGUUGGUGGGCAUAUUGAAUGUGGGUUUUCUUGGGUUAGUAAUUGCAGUAACUCUUCUGGCACUCCAUGGAAAUGUGCGGCUCACCUUCGUUGGACUUUUAUGUGCUGGCUUAACCGUGGGCAUGUAUGCAUCGCCUCUUUCAGCCAUGAGGUUGGUGAUAAAGACGAAGAGCGUGGAAUUUAUGCCCUUUUUCCUCUCAUUUUUCCUGUUCCUUAAUGCUGGCAUUUGGUCGGCUUAUGCGUUGCUUGUCCAAGACUUCUUUAUUGGUGUACCAAAUGCUGUAGGCUUUUUGUUGGGGUCAGCGCAGUUGAUACUGUACGCAGUGUACAAGAACAAGUCAAAUAUAAUUUCAACAAAACCAACGGAGAAAAUUGAAGAAGAGGGAUCUGCACACCUUGUCAAAGGGAUCAUCCAGAUGCAAGCAUUUCACGAGGAUGACGAAGACGUCCUAAAAAAUCGAAGUCUUCACAAGGGAAGAAGCCUCCCAAAACCGCCUGUAAACCGACAGUACAGCUUCCAAAGAAUCUUGAAGACAUUUUCUUUGAGUCCAUAUGAAAUACACGCUAAUUAUGCCCAUGAUGAAGAUGAUGUCGAAAAUGGAGAAAAGAUUCACUCUUGAGUCUUGAUUACCAGGAUUCAGGAAAGAGAACACCUUAAUUUCAAUCAUGUUUUUCCAAGUUUAGCCUUGUAUUUGAUGUUUGCAGUAUUAAUGUAAACAAUCAUUUUACCAA